AAAGUAGUUUUACGGGCGGAUAUAUGACCUGAAUCUGGUGUUCUACAAAUCGGACGUGCGAUGACAGCGUAAGAAAACAUGUUACUGCUAGCGGCCCGGCGAUGCCGUUAUGCCGACUUACUCAGCGACCUGUCCGAUCAGCUCCCGUGACUCGCUAUCUCUUGACGAUCAUGCACCAUGGCCUUGCCUUGAGUGUGCCAUCGAACGUUGAAUAUCUGCAUAAAAAGUUAUAAGGAGAGGAAGAACGUUCAGAGACAGUCAGAAUGGCUCCGAAGGAUAUUGGUCCCCAGAAUUCUCCACGGGAGGUCACCCGCCUUCUACACACUUUGAGAGAUGAGCAGUUUCGACACAUGCGGAAUAUCCAAAAAACUCGGCCUAAACCACCUUCAUUCUACAUGCACGAUAAUUCCAAACCAUCGUUGCCGAUUGACUUGAUCCACCCUCCAAUCACACAGGGACAUUCUGGGCAGAAUGAAUUUCCCAUUUUUCGGACUGCUGGACCAACACCUCCUCGAAGUUGGACUGUUCGCUCACAGAAAGACCGUAUCGAUUAUGAUACACCGGCAUGGCGAAGCCACGCUCUCUCAAUGGUCCUGUCAAGUGCGGCCACU